AAUAUUUAGUGUCUGCUGUUUCAGUUUUAACUCUUUAUAUCGACAUCAGUGACUUCACCAUCAAAUUUCAUACCAUAAACAAAAUGGCGCGGAGACUACAAAGAGGAGAGCAAAAUGAAGAUUCUGAAUUAUGCCCACUCCUUCGUGCGGAACAAAGAGACACGCAGCGAUGUAAAUCAUAUUCAUCCAAUGAAACAGUCACACAUAAGGCAGAGCUCAGAUAUAUUCUACUCGGAGCUGAUGAAGAUCUUAUGAAUCGAGCCUGUGACAUCAUCCUCAGAGGAAGAGGAGAAAUCAUUGAUUCUGGAAUAUUUGAGUACAGAAAGGGUCGAGUAUCUGGAAGAAAGAUCGCUGUGGUGAAAACACCUUCCUCAUGGAUGAAUCACUCGGUAUCAUUAUUUUUCUGCUGCUCAGAAGAUGAAUCUAUCAAGGAUCAGAUGUUGGAUUGUGCAUCACUGGUCUUUCCUGGACCUCAUGCCUUUCUGUUAGUGAUUGACAGCCGGCAUGCGACUGGAAAGGAAAAUUAUCUAUUAAAAGAAAUUGCAAAAGUGUUUGGCAAAGAGGCCUUAAACUAUGUUGUGGUUCUGUAUAUUGGACAAAAUAAUGCAGAACGGAUCAGUUUGAUCAGAAAUGUGAACAGGUUUCAUACUUUGGAAGACACUGACCAAAGUGUUGAGACUCUGUUCACAGAAACUGACAGAAUGAUUCAUAAUAACAAAUGCAAGUUCUUUAUUCAGUCAUCAUAUGAAAACCUCAUGAUAAAAUCAUUUUCAUCAUGGGAAAAGGAAAAAAUGGCUGAAAUAAGACAAGAAACAGAGAAACCUUUAAGGAAUGAGAUCAGAGACAUAAAACAACAGCAUGCACAAGAGAUGACUGAAUUAACAGAAAGGUUCACCCUCACUGAGAAUAAUCUAAAGAAAUACAUAGACACUUUGAAAUGUUUGAUGAUGGAUACUCUGAUAAAAAGUAAAGAUAUCCAGCAGGAAGUGGAAGCAGGUGCUUCAAGUGCUCAUGACAGUCCGUUAAUUAAAGAAUUAAAGGCUUGUAAAGACAGUGAGACCUUGAGAAACUUGUUUUCAUCAGUUGUUGAUGAGUUGAAUAAAAAGUUGGAGGCUUCUAAAGAAUCUGAGACAUGCUUGAGGAAAAUGUAUUCAUCUUUGCUUGAUGAUUACAUUCGUCGUGAGAGUCAGUAUAACAAUGAUAUUGAGAAACUUAAAAAAGAAAUACAAAAUUUCAAGGCAAAAGAGAAACAGCAGGAACACAAACCAGGAGAGGCAGAGGACAGAGACACACAUCACAUCAAGCAGGUGGAGACAAAUCUAACUAGAAAAGAAACAGAUCUGGAUAAUAGCUUGGCGUUAACUUCCCCUGACUUGUCUGAAGACAACUCCAGACCUCUAGAUCAAAGAGAAGGAGACUCACAAGCCAGUGGAUUGAGUGAGUCUGGACAUUCAAAACCUGUGCGACGGAACAGCCAUGACUAUAUACCAUCUAAUAUGUCUGAAGGCAAAGACAAACUUGUAGAUGAAGGAGAUGGAAAGAUGAAGAGCAGUGCAGAACAUUCGCAAUCCAGUGGACUGAGUGAGUCUGGAGACUCAAACCCUGUAUGACAAGACAGCAAAGACUUUGCUGAAGGUUUAAUAUGAUGUCGGCCCGCCCUUUGCAGCUAUAACAGCUUCAACUCUUCUGGGAAGGCUUUCCACAAGGUUUAGGAGUGUGUUUAUGGGAAUUUUUGACCAUUCUUCCAGAAGCGCAUUUGUGAGGUCAGACACUGAUGUUG